CGCGCUGCCCCCGGGCCCGCCGCGCUGGAGCCGCGCCCGGGGCCCGGCGCCCGCCUGAGGAGCCGCCGAGGAGCCGCCGAGCCUCGCCAUGAGCCCCUGAACCCCGCUGCUGCCCACAGAGGCCAUGGAGAAGAGGUUGGAAGCCAAGUCCAGCAUCAGCGCCCGAUUCCUGUCACGAUACUGCCUGGGAAGAGUUGUGAGGGAGCUGGGAAUUGUGCAGCUGUUCUGCCUGUGCACUUGCCUGUGUGCCUUGUGCUCCUCAGCAGAAGCAGAGUGGAACAGGUGGAAGUGUGAGCCAGGGAAGAUCCUGCUCGGUGGCCGUUUGAGAUCGUGGGCAGAUCACCACUUGCAGCUUCUGGAAGGGUUCCACACCCUGCAGUCCUGCCAGGCCGCCUGCUGCCAGCGCUCCGCCUGUGAUGCCUUUUGGUUCUUGGAAAACAUGUGCAUCCAGGUGAACUGCACCGUGCCUGGCACGUGUCAGCCCAACAGGACCGGCCCGUCGGGCUCUGCUUUGGUGUUUUUAAAGAAAUCAAAGAGCGCAGAGCGCUCGUCAGCCCUUCGGAUGGAAGGUGACGCGAAGACCUUGUUUCACACGUGGUUGAACUGGGACAUCCCCGUCCAGAGGAAGGAAAGACUGAGGAGAUCAUUCCAGAAGCAGAGCCUGGCGGGUGGCAGGGUGGAAUUCCUGAGCAGGGAUCCAGCAGUGAGCUCCAGCCGCGAGGCUGCAGCCGGAGCACCGGGCGGCAAAUCCCGCAGCCGCCGGAGCGAAGCGGAGCGCUUGGAGGAUCAGGUGCUGAGGCACUUAGUGGCAGCCAGAGCUGCUCCUGAGAAAGAAAAUCAGAAGCAAGAGUUGCUGAAAAAUGGAGAGAAUCCAGGAAAGCAGAACCCCAAGAGCCCCUUCCCUCCCAAGAGCAAUAAUGUGAACAGGUCGAGGGAUGGCGACGGUGACGCGCCCCAGGUCCACCCAGGAACAUCUGCACCAGAACCAUCAGUGGUGGCUACGUCCUCCAGUCCUGUGGCCCAGGGCUUGACAUCCCCAGGGAAGACUGAGAAGCCUGGGCAGCCCGGGGAUGGUGCUGUGGCCCAGCCUCACCCCUCCGGGGCACUGCCCACGGUCAGCCCCGUGCCAGUGAAAAGCACAGCCAAGACUCAGGCAGCUACUUCUGUGCCCAGUGGAGUUCCCACCAAUGGCAGUGUUCCUACAGCCCAGAGCAGCACUGCUGUGUCCCCCAGCACUGCUGCCACCACGCCAGUUGUGAAGGAACUGGUGGUUUCUGCUGGAGACAGCGUGGAGGUGACCCUGCCCAAGAACGAAGUGCAGCUGAACGCGUUCGUGCUUCCUGAACCACCACCUCGAACCACAUAUUCCUAUGAGUGGGAAUUGAUUACUCAUCCAAAGGACUACAGUGGAGAAAUGGCAGGGAAGCAUUCCCAGACCCUGAAGUUGUCUAAGCUGACAGUUGGUCUGUACGAGUUCAAAGUCGUCGUCGAUGGGGAGAACGCCCAUGGAGAGGGAUAUGUGAAUGUGACAGUGAAUCCAAAGCCCCGGGUGAACCAGCCUCCUGUUGCCAUCGUGUCCCCACAGUUCCAGGAGAUCUCACUGCCAACCAUCUCCACCCUAAUCGACGGCAGCCAGAGCACCGAUGAUGAUAAAAUUGUCAGCUACCACUGGGAGGAGCUGAAGGGUCCCCUGCGGGAGGAGAAGGUUUCCAGUGACACUGCCAUACUCACACUGACCAACCUGGUGCCUGGCAAUUACACCUUCAGUCUCACAGUCGUGGACUCAGAUGGUGCCAGCAACUCCACCACUGCCAACCUGACUGUGAACAAGGCAGUGGACUAUCCCCCCGUGGCAAAUGCAGGCCCCAACCAGGUGAUCACCCUGCCCCAGAACUCCAUCACGCUCUACGGGAACCAGAGCACGGACGAUCACAGCAUCGUCAGCUACGAGUGGCUGCUCAGCCCCAACAGCAAGGGCAAGGUCAUGGAGAUGCAGGGGGUGAGGACACCAGUCUUGCAGCUCUCUGCAAUGCAGGAAGGUGAUUACACCUACCAGCUCAUAGUGACUGAUUCUGCUGGCCACCAGUCCACUGCAGAGGUCACUGUGAUAGUCCAGCCAGAGAACAACAAGCCCCCAAAGGCAGAUGCUGGUCCAGACAAAGAGUUGACUCUUCCCGUGGACAGCACCACUCUAGAUGGCAGCAAGAGCUCGGAUGACCAGAAGAUAGUCUCCUUUCUCUGGGAGAAAACACGGGGUCCAGAUGGUGUGAAGCUGGAGAAUGCCAACAGCAGCAUUGCCACUGUCACAGGCCUCCAGGUUGGGACAUACGAGUUCACUCUGACAGUGAAAGAUGAGAGGAACCUGCAGAGCCAGAGCUCCGUCAACGUCAUCGUCAAAGAAGAGAUAAACAAGCCUCCUGUUGCAAAGAUUGCUGGGAACGUUGUCAUCACCUUGCCCACAAACACGGCGGAGUUGGAUGGAUCCAAGUCCUCUGAUGACAAGGGGAUCGUCAGCUACUUGUGGACACGGGAUGAGGGCAGCCCUGCAGCUGGGGAGGUCUUAAAUAACUCAGACCAUCAUCCUGUCCUCCUCCUGUCCAAUCUGGUAGAAGGGACCUACACAUUUCACCUCAGAGUAACAGAUGCCAAAGGAGAGAGUGAUGUGGAAAGGACCACAGUGGAGGUCAAACCUGAUCCCAGGAAAAACAACCUCGUGGAGAUAAUUCUGGAUGUCAACGUGAGCCAGCUGACGGAGCGGCAGAAGGGGAUGUUCAUCAGGCAGAUUGGGGUGCUGCUGGGGGUCCUGGACUCAGACAUCACAGUGCAAAAGAUCCAGCCCUACACUGAGCAAAGCACGAAGAUGGUGUUCUUUGUGCAGAACCAGCCUCCCCAUCAGAUAUUCAAAGGACGAGAGGUGGCCUGGACGCUGAAAAACGAACUGCGGAAGCAGCAGUCGGAUUUCCUCAUCUUCCGGGCCCUGGAGAUUAACACAGUCACCUGUCAGCUGAACUGCUCCGAGCACGGGCGCUGCGACUCCUUCACCAAGCGCUGCGUGUGUGACCCGUUCUGGAUGGAGAACUUCCUGCGGGUGCAGAUGGGCGACGGCGAGAGCAACUGCGAGUGGAGUGUGCUGUAUGUGAUCAUCGCAUCUUUCGUCAUCGUGGUUGCCCUUGGAAUCUUGUCCUGGAUGGUGAUCUGCUGUUGCAAGAGACGGAAAGGAAAAUCCAAAAGAAAAAGCAAAUACAAGAUUUUGGAUGCAACGGAUCAAGAAAGCCUGGAGUUAAAACCAAAUCCCAAAGCAGGUGGCAGGCAGAAAGCCCAGGUCCUCAACACGAGCCUGAUGCACUCGGAGUCCGAACUGGACAGCGACGAAGCCAUUUUCACGUGGCCCGACCGGGAAAAAGGGAAACUGCUCCGCAGCCAGAACGGCUCCUUGCGCAACGGACAAGUGACACUCAAACCCAAGAGCCAGAGGGAGGAAAUCCUGUAGCUCCCCUUGGGCUGCCGUGGGCUGGAGCUCAGCAGGGAAGGCUGCUCCCAUCCCCACCCUGCCAGGGCCUCUGGAGGCCGGUUUGUUCGGGACAACGCUGCUAACUCGUUUCACAGAAAAUAACUUCGGUUUCGUGGGUUUCUUUUUGUUCAGUUAAAACUGGUUGUACUUGAAUUUGAACUUCAAGGGAAAUCAAAGGGAGGAGGAGGCAACUGUGAACCCCAGGAGAAGGGUUGGAAAAGGACAGAGCUGGCAUCUGGAGAGCAGCAGGACAGAGCCACUUGGAGCAACUGUGAAUGUGCAGGGCCCUCCCAGCCCACCUCAGACUGCAGUGGAGGGAGCACCUGUGGACUUCCAGCUCACUUGCCUUGGGAGCUCCUCAGAGAAGGAAGGUCAAGGCUUUGAGCUGUGCUCUGAGCUCCCUUCAGGCUCCAGUAGCCAACCACGGGCUACUUGUACUGUCCAGCAGCUUUCUUCUCCUUUACUCCCACCUUCCCUAAUGGUUUAAGCACUAUUUUAAUUUAGGCUUGUCCUUUCACAUGCACUUGGCUGUGUUGGAGUGUAGAGGAAGGGGAAUGUAAACACUGUGGUCACACUCCGUCAGUUUGCAGGUAGGAGGGGGGUUUGUGGCUGCUCUAAAUCACUGUCAGGCCGCUCUCACAGGGAGUGCUGGGGCCUUGGUGCCUGCUCAGAUGUGAAAAGCUGACCUGUGGUAAUUGCUUGGGCUGGGAGACCCCUCCUGCAGCAAGAUCCUGCUGGGUACCAGAGCUGGGGGGGGAACACCCACCUUUGGUGCCUGUGUCCAACAUCUGGCUUCAUUCCAAAGCUGUGAGAUGUUCCCUGGCCCCAGCACCUGCUGUUGGUCACCAAACCGUCCAUGGGGCUGGCCCAUAACCAUAUCUCAGUUAGGAAACACUAUAUACUCUGGGGUUUUGGUUUGGUGGUAUUUUUUUUUUCCUUUAAAAUUUGCACAUCCCAGGCACAUCUCUGCAGUUCCCAGCUGGCUGCUCCCUGGGGCUGGCAGCUCACUUGCCUCGUGGUGUUGUGGCUGCAGAGCCCUGUGUGCUCCUGUGUGAGGAGCACACCUGGUGUCCUUUAGUGCUGGAAAAGGGAACUCUGGGUACCCGAGGGCAGUGGGCAGUGCCAGCAGCACAUGUCCCUGCUACCUGGGCCCAAGGGCAGGUGUGGGGAGGGUCCUUUCCCAUUCCUGCUCCCUUAUCUCACUGUGCUGCUGUCAUGAGUUGCACCCCUGCCCUGGGGCAGAACUCAGCCUCGUGCUGGCAUGAAGGAUGCCACUGCUCCUCUGGGGAUGGGUGAGCAGUUCAUUGCCUUUCUUUGUGUUUAAUUUAAAAACUGGAACUUGGUUUCAUUGGCUCUUUUUUUUUUCCCUUCUCCUUUUCGAGCUAUGAAAGCCAAAAGGCUUUUAACUUCCUCAGUUGUAUUUAUAUUGCUGCACUACUGAUUUGUGUUGAGCUCUAGAUGAAGAUUAAACACUAUUGAAUGUGAGGGAACGUUCCCUCGCUGAAUGUA